GGUCUCCACGGCAUCAGCGAAAGCACGUUCGUUCAUGUACAUGUACGACAAUGCUGUCCUGCCUUUGUUGGGUGAAGAAAGGAGUAGCAAAAGAAGAACCUGAUAAGAUACGUUUAUCAAGCGAUGAGCUGAAAGCGUUGCUGGAAGAAGCUCGAGACAAACUGACAAAGGGAGAUCCAGCUGCAAGCCUUUCAAUUCCUGCUACUGCUUCCAAUGUUGUUGAAAAUGAUGACGAUGGCAACGAAAUGGAAGUUGAGUUGGAAGAUAGCGAUGAGAGAGCAAAUGUAGUGGCCGAGUUGGAGGAUGAGAUCGACAAGCUCUACAUGACUGGCUAUGAUGAUGAAGAAUUAGAAGGUGUUAAAAUGGAUGGAGCGGGAAUGGCAGGUCUGACAUACUAUGCUAGUAAUGUUGAUGAUCCAUAUAUCACACUGAAAGAUGAAGCAAACGAGGAUGAGGAUGAAAGUAUAAGAAUCAAACCUCAAGACAACAUGAUUGUUUGUGGAAAGGCAGAUGGAGAUAUGAGCACAUUGGAUGUUUAUGUAUACGAUGCAGAUGAAGACCAUUUGUUUGUUCAUCACAACGUUUUGCUUUCGGCAUUUCCUCUUGCUGUAGAGUGGCUUGAUUACGAUCCUCACCCAGAAACUGGUCGUGGUAACUAUAUUGCUGUUGGAACAAUGGACCCAUUCAUUGAAGUGUGGGAUUUAGAUGUAAUCAAUGAGGUAGAGCCAGUGUUGGUUUUAGGAAGAAACUCAAAGAAGUCUAAGUCAAAGAAAAAGACUGUUCAUGGCCACAGUGAUGCUGUGAUGAGUCUGGCAUGGAACAAAACAAUCAGAAACAUUCUUGCAAGUGGGUCAGCUGAUCAGACAAUUCAGCUGUGGGAUAUGUCAAGGGGUGAGAGUGUUCAUUCGAUUGCACAUCAUACUGACAAAGUACAGUCACUUAUGUGGCAUCCAUAUGAAGCAAAUAGUCUUCUGUCUGGAUCAAUGGACAAAACAGCUAGAGUCUAUGACUGUCGGAGUCCCGAUUCUAGUGUCAAAUCUUGGUCAUUUGAAGGAGAAGUAGAAAACGUUAUAUGGAAUCACCUGGACCCUUAUUACUUCUUGGUCGGUACUGAUAAUGGUUUUGUUAUGGGAGUAGAUGCUCGAAGCGAAUCAUCGGUCUUUACCCUUCACGCUCACCAGUCGGCAGUGACAGCACUCUGUCUUAGUAGUGAAAUUCCUGGUUGUCUGUUGACUGCUUCCGAAGACAAGACUGUCAAAGUGUGGGACAUCAAAGAUUAUAGACCGGCUCACAUCUCCACAACCGACUUCAAACUCGGUCCUGUUUUUUCUGCCGUUUUUUCACCUGACAAUCCCCUAGUUAUAGCUGCUGGAGGACAAAAGAAUGGCCUGAAAGUCCGCAAUCUUGCUGAGGCAGCUCAAGUUUGGAGACAUUUUGAAUCAAGAGAACGCGUCGUCCCUCUCAGUGCCAUAGACGCACAGGAUACAAAAAGGGUUUCCAAUCCCAAGCCUCAGCCACCCACAGAAUAUCCUGACCAGUCACCACAACAGGAAAUGAGAAGACAACUAAUGACAUCAACCUGGGCGUCGGCCACUGUCCCCCCCAAGAAGAAGAAGAAAUCAAAAAAGAGAACAAAACAGAAAUAAGCGUGUUUACAGUUACAAUACAUCAGACAACAUCCUAGUCAUCAUUACUAAUCCUUCUACUCACAGCCACAUCAUCACUCAUCUUAAUUUAAUUAACUCUUACCUCUCACCUACUACUCUAUCAACGCACGAAGCCACCAUCAUAACUCUUGGCUCUGGCGUUGGCACGGUAGAAAAUCGUUGGUUUCUACCGGACACGCGUUGCCACUCCGCGCAAACAAAAGGAUGACGUCUUGCGUAAAUGAGGUGAUAAUUGAGGCGGAGCUGCAAUUAGAUAAGAUGCUAAUGCACGUGCAAACUAACAAAUUCAGACCCGAAUUUGUCAAGGGCUUACGCCACUCUUUGCUUAUUCUAUUUCGUAAUACAGUUAGCUUUGUAUCCGCGUUAUGCAAUUCAAACUUAUUAUUAUUGUUCGCCCGUCACACUCCGCACCAUCCCCACACGCAACGGCCGCAUGACCCUCUCAUUCAACGCUAAUCGCACUUUAUCAACAGGGACUAGCGCAUUCGCUACAACUCCCAUGACGCGAUUAUCGAGAGUGGCCAACCAGAA